CAAGUGUACUGUGACAUGAACUCGGAUGGAGGCAAGUGGACUGUAAUCCAGAGGAGGAUAGAUGGAUCUCUGAACUUCUACAGACCCUGGAACCAGUACAAAGUUGGUUUUGGAAACCCAGAGGGAGAAUACUGGCUAGGACUGGAGAACAUCCUUCUCACUAAGAGGAGGAAGUAUGAGCUGAGGGUAGUCAUGGAGGACUUUGAAGGAAAAUGUGUGUUUGCCAUGUACUCUUCCUUCUUUUUGGACUCUGAGGCAGACGGAUACAAGCUACAUGUCACUGGAUUCACCAACGGAGGAGCAGGUGACUCACUGGCCUAUCAUAGCGGGUUGAUGUUCAGCACCUUCGACAAAGACCAGGACACUUGGUCUGACAACUGUGCAGCUACUCACUAUGGGGCAUGUUGGUACGGUUCUUGUCACUACGCUAACAUCAAUGGAGAGUACCUAUGGGGAACCACCAAACAUUACGCAACAAGUGUC